AUGGUUGACCCGGCGAACACCGUCGGAAUUCCGGUGAACCCGACGCCGCUUCUGAAAGACGAGCUCGACAUCGUGAUUCCGACCAUCCGAAACCUCGAUUUCCUGGAGACGUGGAGGCCUUUUCUCCAGCCUUACCAUCUGAUCAUCGUCCAGGACGGAGAUCCGACGAAGAAGAUCCAUGUCCCUGAAGGUUACGAUUACGAGCUCUACAACAGGAACGACAUUAACCGAAUCCUCGGGCCGAAAGCUUCCUGCAUUUCGUUCAAGGAUUCCGCUUGCCGUUGCUUUGGGUACAUGGUGUCUAAGAAGAAGUAUAUCUUCACCAUUGAUGACGAUUGCUUCGUUGCUAAGGAUCCAGCUGGCAAGGCAGUGAACGCUCUUGAGCAACACAUCAAGAACCUUCUCUGCCCAUCGACUCCACUUUUCUUCAACACCUUGUAUGAACCUUACCGUGAAGGUGCUGACUUCGUCCGUGGAUACCCUUUCAGUCUCCGUGAAGGUGUUUCCACUGCUGUUUCCCAUGGUCUCUGGCUCAACAUCCCUGAUUACGAUGCCCCCACCCAACUCGUGAAGCCUAAGGAGAGGAACACCAGGUAUGUGGAUGCUGUCAUGACCAUCCCAAAGGGAACACUUUUCCCAAUGUGCGGUAUGAACUUGGCUUUCGACCGUGAUUUGAUCGGUCCAGCUAUGUACUUCGGUCUCAUGGGUGAUGGUCAGCCUAUUGGUCGCUACGACGAUAUGUGGGCUGGUUGGUGCAUCAAGGUGAUCUGUGACCACUUGGGGUUGGGAGUGAAGACAGGUUUGCCAUACAUUUACCACAGCAAAGCGAGCAACCCGUUUGUGAACCUGAAGAAGGAAUACAAGGGGAUCUUCUGGCAGGAGGAGAUCAUCCCUUUCUUCCAGAACGCAAAGCUAUCGAAAGAAGCCAUAACUGUUCAGCAGUGCUACAUUGAGCUCUCAAAGAUGGUGAAGGAGAAGCUGAGCGCGUUAGACCCGUACUUUGAGAAGCUUGCUGACGCCAUGGUCACAUGGAUUGAAGCUUGGGAUGAGCUUAACCCACCAGCUGGAGCAGCAGCCAAUGGCAAAGCUUAA